AUGAUUGUGCCAGCAGAAACUCGUCAAACACAGCAGCAUACUCGUACACCCAGUUUUGAAGACUAUGGAUCCAUUAUAAGCCGUGUCAAGCAGCAAGUAUUGUUGCAGAUAAACAAGCCUUCAUUUCUCUGUCAGUCAUCUGUACAGGCUGCUUCACCGUCAGUCGGUUGUGUAUCUUUGAACACUCAGAUACAGGUUGAUGGCGCGUCUUCAAAGCAGCCUAAUUGUUCAGUCUAUACAGACCAUCAAGCCUACACCAACACAGUCAAAUUGAUUUCAAGCGAUAUAGAAAGCAGUGAUAGUGAAAAGGACGACCUAGACUGGGAAGAUGACUGCUGUAGCGACGCGGCGGAUGAAGCCAUUUUAGACUUUCGAACAGACCUCUCUCCAACCUUGCUGAAACUACAAUUGCCUCAAUCCACCAGUACUAGCGUUCUGAUUAUGUCUGAAGAUACACCCAUGACUGACAUUAAAGAAUCAUCUCAAUUGGGCAACACACAAAGUAAAUCAUCUACAGUUCUUGAAACCGAGUUUCGCGAUGCACUCAAAAUGUCUAGUAUGCUUGUCGACUACCAGGAACAGUAUAUUCGCAAAAGACUUGCCACAAUUCGAGAAAUGGGUGCAUAUGCUCAUUCGGCACAGCAUGAUCUAGCUGCAGUGCUAAACGAAACUGCUCUUGAACAAAAGCAAAGCAUGUUUGCCACGAUCAAUUCUGUUUCUACUGAGCUCGAUCAUACCAAUGAACAUGUCUAUACUUGUUCUAACAAGUUGGUCCGUCAAGAAAAAAGUAAAUACAUGUCGGACUGCAGUAAGACUUCUGAAGUGGAUUCCAUCUUGGAGUUUUUGGAUAUGUCGCGUGAGAAACAGAGCCAAACCUUUCAACCGCCACUAGAGCUCUCUAAACAGUCGCAAAAGUUUGCCAAAUUCAUUCCAACAGUUGUACCACAUCUAAAUCUAUAA